GUGUGAGGGGGCGAAUGUCGAAUGCCAAUGCCGCCGGGUCAUAGUUUUUUAGAGAUUUGUGUAGUAAAAUUUGUCAGUAUUCCUCUAAAAAAAAUUGUGUGAACUUUGUGAAAAUUAAACGUGGACAUGGAGCCGGCUAUCGAGGCAAAUGCCGCGGCAGCUAACCUGCUGAGGCUUAUCAAGCAGCUUCUGCUAGAGAAGGCAUACGACGGCGUCAGAAUGCUCUUCCAGAGCCCGAACGAGGCGUCCAGGAACAUACAGCACAUGCCGCUCAUCGCCAUGGACAUAUACAACGAUAUUUGCGUGGUCAACCUGGUGGACGAGGUGAACAGCCGGGAGCCGGAGCUCUUCGAUUGCGCCAACGAGCUGCUGAAACUGCUCGCCGAGCACGCCCCGGUGCAGGAGAUGAUGAUGGAGCUAAUGGAGAAGAUCGAGGAGAGCAGAAGCCACGCGGUCUUCGCGGCAUACCUGCGCGCUUUGCAGGUAAUCCUUGUGCGCCAGGGCCAGGACAAGCCGCAGGCGGUGAUGUGGUGUCUGCAGAGCGUGUUCACGCGCCUGAAGGAUUUGCCGCUGCCGGAAUAUCUGAGCGAGGGCUACGACGAGGCUGCGGGCCGGCUCGUGGAGCAGGAUAAGCAGGUGGAGGAUCUACUGGCCCACUACAUCACCGUCGGCCUGUUCGAGGCUCCACUGCUCGUGGACAUUCUUCAGCGGGACCCCCGUCCCGACCCCCACAUCUUCCGACACUCCACUAUGUCACGCCGCAACGCUCUCACCUGCUUCUUAGUGCAGCUUCUGGGCAAGCCACUGGCCCUUCUCGAGAUGAGCUACGUGAAGGACGACCUGACCCACACCUACGUCCAUCAGGUGGUAAAGAACCUCACCCAGGAGGUCACCAAGUCCAUGGGCGGCGACCCCUUCUAUCUGCUUGCCCUGGUGGAGAAGCGCGCCCGCUGGGAGCGCAAACUGAACGCCGCAAAAGGCGUCUACGAGAUGACUGGCCAGAACGUGUUCCUCAUCGAGGAUAUGAUGCCCCUGCAUGCCCUGGCCAUGUACUACCACGCCCUUUUCGUGCGCGACUUGUUGCCGCCAACAACACCCAAGAUUUAUUCGCCGCUCUUCCUGUUCGAGUCGAGCCUCUAUCUGGUGGUUGAGCUGCUUCGGCAGCCGGAGCCACCGCUGCAGCACUGCGGCCUGCGCCUCCUCGAGCACGUGCUGAUCAAUCGCGGCGGCGCAUCGGUGCCCCAUUUCUCGCUGCAGCUGGACGUCCAUAAGCGAUUCUGCGAUGAGCUCUGCAAGAUUGUCGGCUACUCGCCGCAGGUGGGAUUGCGUCAGCUGGGACUGCACGUGCUCCGGCAUUACAUACUGGCGUUCGAUGACCAGGGAAAGUGCCUGAUCCUUAAGAACCUGCUGGAGACGCUACAGCACGACGGCCUGAUGGGCUACCUAAGUGCCAUGUUCAAGGACCUAGUGGACAAGGCCCUGAUGGCCCACAUAAGGAGCGGCGUCGCGAUGCCAUCCGAAUUCCGCGGCAAGCAUUUCAGGGAAAUGCUGAUGCUGUGCGUCUGCGUGCUGCCCAACGACGUUAAGUCGGAUUUGCUGCUGCACUCCGAUCGGAUCUGCAACGCCAUCAACAUCUUGCGGUACUUUGCCUUGAGCGACAGGCGCAACGUCACCGGAUUCUGGGACAUUCUGCCAGAGAUCGAAAAGCGUCUGCUGGUGCCCCUGGGCACGGCCCUGGACUUCUCGAUGGCCCACUACAAGGCGUACAAGGAGCGCGUGGAGAACGGCCAGAGUGCCUCGGACGACGCUCUCAUGAAGAAGCAGCUGCAAAUGCUGGCCGUAAACAUCACCAACAGCGGCAUUGCCGGCGAAGGCGACAGCAGUCUGCCCGACAUCGGACGCCAGGAGAAGCUCGACGUGCUAACCAGCUCUAUCACCAGCCUGGAAUGGCUCCUGUCGAUUUAUGUGCGCGCCAACGAGGUAAUCGAGCAGACCGCCCGCCAGCGCAAACUCCUCCAAGACGCGGGCCCAGUCCCGACCCCGGCCCCAGCCACAGAACCCGUUUAGGCUCUUAACUUUAUACAUUUGUGUCCAUAACGAAAGCGAAAUGAUAGCGUAAACUAAUUGUAUGUGUAAACAGA